CGGGGAAAGAACGGAAAGACCAUGCACUCCCACCAACCCAUCUGAUGAUCCCACGCCACUCUCUCGCCGUUUCUAGUAACGCCAAUGUAGCAAAUUUUCCACCCCUUCUCUCUUCCUCUCUCUCUCUCUCUCUCUCUCUCUCUUUCUCUUUCUCUAUGUGUGUGAUAAUACCCUUCUAGGUUUUUUCCUCUCCACCCUUCUCCAUUCUCUUUUUUUUGGACCACAGCUUUGAGGCCUAGCAAAGAGAGUAUCCCUCUCUCCUCUCCACUGGGUUGGAGGAGCCAUGGAAUCCAUCUUCUCAGGGUGAAUUAAAUAUGAGGCUGGCACAGAAGGGGUCUAGCAUCCUACUACCAGGUAACCAUGAGUGUUGGUCGAACUUGCCUUUUUGAAGCACCAUAGUUUGCUUUUCCUUCCUUUCCACCCACCUUUUGUCCUUUACUAUCAACUAAUAUCGUCUUUCAUGAUCUUUAUUUUCUAUUCUGCCUAGGAUGCUGUCUUUUGAAUUUUCCUGCCCAAGACCAGUUUCCUGUUGGAAUCUUUUAUCCUUAUUAGGUGCGACUACAUAGGUUUAAACUGGGCAACAUGGUUCUGGUUUCGUGAUUGAUCCUGCAAAAUGCAGUGAGUUGAGUUUAGAGGAGAAGAGAGAGCUAGUGCAUGAAAUUUCAAAGUGGGCAGAUAAUGCCCCUGAAAUUCUUCAGUCCUGGAGUCGUAGAGAGCUUCUUCAACUCAUCUGUGCUGAGAUGGGCAAGGAGAGGAAAUAUACUGGGGUCACAAAACCUAAAAUGAUUGAGCAUCUGCUUAGGCUGGUGUCACAGAAGAAUGGAAGAAAGAAUGAUGAUAAAACAAGCAUUUCAUCAGCCGCACCAAACAACCCAAAUGGAUUAAAGAAGAAGAGAAAAAAGGAACAACCAUUAGAAUCUGAAACUGAUGUAACUCAUGAUCCCUUGAAGAGAAAAGAAGAGCAAGUUGACACCUUGAUCUGUCAAAAUCUUGCUUGCCGAGCCACUCUGAGCUUAGUGGAUGGAUACUGUAAGCGGUGUUCCUGCUGCAUCUGUUAUCGCUAUGAUGACAAUAAGGACCCUACUCUAUGGUUGGUUUGCAAUUCUGAUCCUCCUUACCAGAGUAAUUCAUGUGGCAUGUCCUACCACCUGAAAUGUGCUCUUAAACAUGAGAGCGCUGGCAUUUUGAAGAAUGGGAGUUAUCCAAAGUUGGAUGGCAGUUUUUAUUGUGUUUUCUGUGGAAAAAUCAAUUGGCUGAUGCGAAGCUGGCAAAAACAACUAUUGAUUGCCAAGGAUGCUAGGAGAGUUGACAUAUUGUGUGAUCGAUUAUCUUUGAGCCACAAAAUGCUUAAAGGAACUGAGCGUUAUAAAGAAAUGCAAAAUAUUGUGAAUACAGCUGUAAAGAAACUCAAGAAAGAAGUUGGACCUCUAGAUAAAGUUUCCACAGUCAUGGCAAGGGGCAUUGUCAACCGGCUUAAUUGUGGUGCAGAAGUUCAGAAACUAUGUGCUUCUGCAGUGGAAGCAGCAGAUUCCAUACUUUCUAGCUCAGCAGGCCUCUUGGCUGAUAAAGACCUCAAAGCCCCAGGAUCAGUUAGCACAGGUUCCUUGGCUUUCCAAAUCCAUUUUGAAGACAUCUCUCCAUUUUCUGUGGUUGUUUCACUUCACUCCAGAGACAAUAUGUUUGAAGAAAAUAUCAUCGGCUGCACUCUGUGGCAUCGAAACUCUGAUGCCAUGGAUUAUCCUGAAGAACCCACCUGCCUUAUCCUGAGGCCAGAUACAAAGAUCAUGAUAUCAGGACUGAGCCCGUCAACUGAAUAUUAUUUCAAGGUGUCUCCUUUCAGCAGCACCAAGGAAUUAGGAAAGUGGGAGGCUAAGUGUGUGACGCAGAACCUUAAUGGGAACAGCGGCCAAUGCUCCACUCGGAACUCAGAUAGCACUUAUAUUGACGAUGAUCUUAUUUCAGCUUUAAAACAGCAACAGGACAUGAGUGAGCCGCCUGUGAUCAUUCAAUCAGAUUCACAGAGGGGUUCAACAAACUCGAGUGAUAACAACCAGGCUCCAAAACUCCCGAAGUGCAACCACAGUAACCAUCCUAAGGUUCUCCCAUCAGAGGGCAUCAGCGACAACAAUGACAUGCACUUGCGGCCAUCUUCAGAGGCUGUACCUUUUGUCAGCUCCAAAUCUGUUCCCUUGGAAAUGCCUCGCAAAUCCGAUAGGCUUAAUAGUACACCAGAUUCUGCCAAUAAGAAGGAAUCAGCAGAGAGGGAGUAUGAGUACUGUGUAAAGGUGAUCAGAUGGUUGGAAUGCGAGGGACACAUGGAGAAGGAGUUCCGUGUGAAAUUCCUCACAUGGUUCAGUUUGAAAGCGACAGCACAAGAACGAAGGGUGGUGAGUGCAUUCAUAGAUGUUCUUAUAGAUGAACCUGCGAGUCUGGUUGCUCAGCUGGUUGAUGCUUUCAUGGAUGGUAUAUGUAAUAAGGAGAAGCCGGUCAUACGGAAAGGCUUCUGCACCAGGUUAUGGCAUUAGGCUUGGGGUCCUACAUGUGGCCAUUUAUUUUGUGGAUCUUUAGGAGCCAGAAAGCAACUUCACUUGGAAAAUGCAAUGCUUCUGUGGAACUCCAUUAAGAUUCAAAAACAAAAAAUUUCAUUUUAUUAAAUUGUUGAUGAUCAUUUUGCCUUCUAAGGAGAAGCAUGUUGCUGGAAAAGGUGUCCGCACUAGGAGGCCCCACUGACUGUUAGGUUCUUCAGGAUCUAUUUUCCUGUUUCACACUAGCUGCCUGUUGUGGCUAUUGGAUCGCAUAUUGGAAUUUGAUUUAGAUGUUGGAUGUGGUACUUUACAAUGCUAAUUCAUGGACCAUCUAUUCAAUCUUUUCAGACUUUAUCGUUUCCUUGUGAAUUUGUCAUGCUUGAUUUGAAAGCACAGGAAACACACGAUACAUAUCUGCGUUUCUAUCGCGUUUGAUC